AGAAAAGAGGUGAAUCAGCAGAACUUCUGCAGAAAAGAGGCAGAACAACCUGGUUCUGCUCAAAUUCACCAAACAGAGGUACUGUUUCUGACUGCUUCAUCAGGCUGUGUACUUGUAUAUAUGGUGAAUCUCUGCAGAAUUUCUGCAGAAAAGAGGCUGACUCUAUGAAUCCACAAUCUCAACAGGGUUGUCCGAUAAGAACAGAUGGCUUAUCCACAAAAUCCACUGCCACUCAGGUAUAUGUUGUUCACUCAUUUCUUUAACACGAAGCCGAGGUACACAUCCAUAAUGUGAGUGAGGGGAUUUAACAGGCUGUAAAAUGCUAUAUGCCGUGUGGUGAAGUGAUGGUGUGUGGUGUGGUUUAGUCUCAUGGACGCACACCACUAACAGCAUUAGAAGGAACGAAAAUCCACAUGGUGAGUAAAACUCUGCUGACUCUCCACACCUGCAGCUCCGACCAAACUCUCUGCGUCGACGUGUGUGCGUAAUGAUGAGGUAGAAUUGUGUCUUCUUAUUGGUGAAGAGGAUGGGUUGCCUCACCGCUCAUUGGCUGGUCGGCAGCUGUGUGCUGAUGUAUUUACUCGGCAGAUGUGGCUCUGUUUGUCAGUUCCGCCGACUGGCUGGCCUUUUGUACACUCACUGAUGUCUGUCUGUCUCAAUUUCUGCUUUGUCCUCUUCUCAGAGAGCCAGAUGGAGACGGUGGAGGUGACAGAAUGGAACAAGUCUGUCCUGCUGCCCUUUAAAACCAAAGAUGACCUUCCACAGGAUGCCACAGUGGAGUGGAGACGCUCAGACUCCAAACACAGGAAAGUUCACACGUUUCAGAGCAGCCAGCACCUUUCAGGUGAACAGGACGAGGUUUACACAGGUCGCACAGAGAUGAACAAAGAGGCACUGAGAAUGGGAGACCUCAGUCUGACCCUGAAAGAACUCGGCAUCACUGACAGCGGAGUCUACACCUGCAUCGUCUCCACGCAUGGAAAAGUCCUGAAACAGAAAGUGGUGGUGCUCAGUGUCAAAGUCUACAAGCUUCAGACAGUGGAGGUGACACGGGGGGUGAAGCGUGUUCUGCUUCCCUUCAAAACCACAGCUGACCUGCUUGAGGACAUCAGAGUGGAGUGGAGACGUUCAGACCUUGAAGAUGUGAAGGUCCUUGUUUAUGAGAACAGCCAAAACAAGCAUGAAGAUCAACAUCAGGACUACAAAGGCCGCACUGAGAUGAAGGAAGAACUACUGAUAACCGGGGACCUUAGUGUGACCCUAAAUUACCCUCGACUUACUGACAGUAGAGUCUACACCUGCACCGUCUACAAAAAAGAUGGAGCCAUCCUGAAACAGAAAGUAGUGAUACUCAGUAUCAGAGGCUACAAGGUGGAAAUAGUCGAAGUAACAAAGGGGAAGAAGUCUGUGCUGCUGCCCUUUAAAACCACUCUUGAUUUACCCGAUGAUGUCACAGUUGAGUGGAGACGUGGUGAUUCCAAAGUUACAGUCCACACCUAUCAGCACAGCCAAAACCAGCUAGAAGAACAGGGACCGGAUUACAGAGGUCGCACAGAGAUGAAUGAAGAGCCUCUGAGGACUGGAGACCUCAGUCUGACCCUGAAAGACCCCCAAAACACCCACAGUGGUUUCUACAUGUGCACAGUCUCCCAGGGUGAAGACAUCCUGAGACAGAAAGGAGUGACGCUUACUGUCAGAGGAAAACAUAGUGCAAGCUUCACAGAGCUGUUUCAAGGUUUCCGAAAGAAGAGAAAAUCCAUAACUGAUGGACCUUCUUCCUCUGUGAUUUAUGAAUCUAUUCAUCUCACGGCUAGUGAAACAACUUGAUGUUAAAUAGAGGAGAGCUGGCAGGUAAGUCAUCGUACACAGCCAUUCCUCUCAGAAAUGUUUGAUUCAAGUUACAUGCAGAUCUGGAUUUGGUUCGUUGUCUAUCCCCGACUGAAUGUUCUCUCUCACAUUUGGAACAGGAUGAUCCUCAUCUUAUCAUCUUCUGUCUUCCGGAGUACCACAAGAUCUAUAUUAGGGCAACUUAGUUUUCCCUGAAUAUUCUUCUUUGGUUCCACUUUUAGAAAACAUAAUUUUCUCCUGUGACAUCAUGGAUAUUGUUAUUGUCUCAAGCGGUUCCAAUGACCCACUUGGGACCACUUGAGGUACCCUUAAUGUCCCAUCCAUCCAUUCAUUCGCUUCUGCUUAUCCUUUUCAGGGUCGCGGGGGGCGCUGGAGCCUAUCCCAGCUGUCAUA